GUCCGACGGCCCAGCAUUCGGCCGGUGGCUUUCUGUGAGUGUCGUGUGUUCUUGUGUGUGCGCUCCGUAUCAAUUCGUCCGCGAGCAUAAUAUUAUAUCACGAUAUUUUUACCAUAACAUAGGUACGAUUAUAAAUUUAUAACGAAUCGGAAAUUUCGGUUCCCUCGCAAAACGCUUUACGACGCGUCGCCGCCAACUAAUAUAAUACGUUAUUAGUUAAAUAUUAAACUCGAAAUUGUAUAAGUGGCGAUUUUAUUUUUAAUUUUUGUAAAAUUUCGCGCCGGAUGUGUGCGACCGCUGACACGCGACAAAUCGGUUUUUUCCAAUCCUCCACGAUGAUGUGUUGGUGUUGAUCUCGACUAGUCCGGACUACGAAUAACUACAGCAGCAGAGCCAUGAGGAUUCUCCUGUGCGUUUUCGUCGUCUACUUAUCAGGAUGGUCGUGCCUGGGACAAGAAGGACUUACCGACACCAGAGAAGGCGAAGACAUAUCGCUGAAAUGUCGAUUCAAUGGACAGCUGCCGUCAACUGUUGCAGAUACCCAAUAUUACUGGCUUAGGACUAACAAGCACAACCAAGACAAUGUAGCUAUCAAAGCGACUCCAUUGGAAGGAAACUAUAAGCUCGAUUUCCGUCCUGAACUAGGAAUUUAUGAUUUAUUAAUUUCUAACUCGACGUAUGAGAGAGAUAAUGGCAAGUUCGAAUGUCGAUUGAAAGAAGCUGGUACUGGCCGAGAAAUUCAUUCACAGAGUUUCCAAAUCACUGUCUUAACACCACCUGGUCCACCUCGUAUCUCGCCCGGAACCAAUCCCGUGGCUACAGAAGGACGUGCGUUAGAGUUGUCUUGCACAAGUUCUGGUGGCAGCCCUGAACCUAUUGUGAGAUGGUAUCGUGAAGGCGUUCGUGAUCCUAUCGAAUCUGUGACACGAAGUGGUACUAGCACCAAAGAAUCCAUCACAUCAGCUGUGUUGCAAGUGACGCCAAGUCGUGAAGACGAUGGGGCAGUGUAUCGGUGCGUGGUGUGGAACAGGGCUAUGGUUGAAGGCACUAAGUUCGAAACUAGGACCACGCUGAGUGUAAACUACUACCCUCGCGUUCAGAUCGGACCGGAGAACCCACUGCGAGUGGAACGCGACGAGUCCAUCACGCUGCAAUGCAACGUGGACGCCAAACCACGCGUCAACAACGUACGGUGGAUGCGCGACGACCGUUUCAUAGCUACGUCUUUUACGCACGUCAUCCAAAAGGUGACGACCCAGGACGCGGGCACUUACACUUGCAUGGCCGACAACGGAUUGGGACAGACUCGUGAGGCGGAGCUGGUGCUGGAUGUUCAGUACCCGCCCGUUGUGACAGUGGACGUGGGACCCGGGGUUGCCAGGCAGCGAGAGGCCGAGGAGGGAGAUGGCAUCACCAUCCAGUGCAACGUUUCCGCCAACCCGGCGCCCAUAUCCAUCGAGUGGAUCCGGGACGGGCGUCCCGACUUCCGGCAAUCCGGUGACAUUCUACGCAUACCCAAGGUGACCGCCGACUCUGGUGGUGUGUACACUUGCCGUGCCAUCAACAUUCUGUACCCGUCGUCGUUGUCCCGGCAGCGCAUUAACCGCAUCGGAAACGCGUCCCUCACUCUCCUCGUCAGGCACCGUCCUGGCGUGGCCCGCAUCACUCCCGACAGGCCCGUGGCCACCGAGGGCACCGGGGUGACUCUCACGUGCUCGGCGUCUCCGCCCGGCUGGCCGACACCGCAGUACAAGUGGUGGCGUGAAUUCGAUUCCGCCGACCCGUCCACCAGCGCCACGAUAUUGUCCACCGGCCCCAAAUACACCAUCCCGUCGGUGAACCUGGGCAGCGAGGGCCGCUACAGGUGUCAGGCGAUCAACGAGAUGGGCGCCGGUGACGCGUCUUCGGUUCUGCUGACCGUCCACCACGCCCCGAAGUUCGUCACCAAACUGCAGCCACACGUCACCAGGCGCGCAUCGGACAUCGGAUUCUCGGCCAUAUGUGCCGCUCAGGGAAAACCCAAACCCGCGGUCACCUGGUUCAAGGACGGCAAAGAAGUGCUGCCCGAUUGGUUCGACGUGAGCACCGACGAGACGGAUAACAGCAACGGGGUGACCACCGUGCACAGUACGCUCAAGUUCCACGGCAAAGAGAGACCUCGAGGCAACCAGCUGGUGCCGUCGGACCGAGGGGUGUAUGCUUGCGCUUUCGAAAACGACGUCAAGAAAGUCGAGUCCAGCAUGCUCCUCAGGAUCGAACAUGAACCUAUCGUGCUUCACCAAUUCAACAAAGUAGCCAGUGAUUUGUAUGAGACGGCUGAAGUCAUUUGUCGGGUGCAAUCGUAUCCUCGACCGGAAUUCCAGUGGAGUUACAACAAUCACAUGGCUCCUUUGCUGGCCGGCAGCGACGGUCACUACGAAAUAAACACGACCAUCAACGAAAGCGGUGGUGACAUUUACACUAGCGUUUUGCAAGUAUCCAACCUCCGAGAGACCGAUUAUGGCGAUUACAGUUGUCGUGUGGCCAACACUUUGGGAAGCGUAAAGCCUACAAUUAAACUACAACCUAAAGGACCACCUGAUCACCCAGAAAACGUAACGGCUUUGGAUAUUGGCCACAACAACGUCGUACUACAAUGGAACAGCGGUUUCAACGGUGGCGUUAUCAAUACCAAACACUUUGUAAACUACAAAAAGGUUUCCGUGGAUGAAAACGAAUUCGACAGUGAUUGUUACUCGGUCAAGAGGUCAAAUCAGCCAGAAAGAUGGCAAGAGUUCGAUUGCCAGACCAAAAACCCGUGCAACGUAUCUGGCUUGGAUCAACAUCAAAGUUACUUAUUCAAGGUAAAAGCUUACAAUACUAAAGGGCAUAGCGAAUAUUCGCAAGAGACAGUAGCUAUGACUAAGGUGGAUCGUAUACCAGCUCCUCAACGUGUAACAUUUGAUCCUGAAUCUCAUGCUUUAACUAUCAACAUCGGCGCAACUUGUCUACAGCUAGUUGGUGUUGUUGAAGCAUCUAUGGGAGGUGCUCGUGAAGAUUGGCAUUUGAUUGAAACUUUGCCACUAGCAGUAAGUGGCAGCACAUCUACACACCGUGAAGCUACUAUACUAUCCUUAGUUUCGCGUCGCCAAAGCACUGGUGCUCGUUCAUUGGAUGAAGAUGAUCUAAACUUAAUUGCUGGUAGUGAAGAUGAAGAUUUGAUUGAUAAACCAGCAGAUGAUGUCCGCAUUAGAGUUCGAUUGUGUCUUCGGUCUAGUCAGACUACAUGCGGUGAUUACACAGAAGCUGAAAUUGGUGCAAAUUUUGUAAAAGAACAACAAGCGAUGGCAACUCCCACACUAAUUGCUCUUGUCAUAUCAUGCGCUGUUUUCAUUCUGUUUGUGGCGCUCUUGUUCAUUUUCUGUCGUUGCAAGCGCAAAACAGCCAAGAAAACUACUGGCAAAGAAUAUGAAAUGGAUUCUUCGACCGUUCACCCUAGUAUUAUACAUGGACCCCCACCUUACACCGAACCUGGCCUUGACAACAAAGCAUUACAACAGUCUGUAGAUCUAGUUCACGAUGUCACUAAAAAUGGUGUGUAUGGAUCCCAAAAUGAAUACAACACUUAUCACACGGGCAACGGAUUGCGUCCGAAUGGUGAAUGGGUCAAUGUUGGAUAUGUUGAAAACAGUUAUUCCAAUUCAAAUAAUGGUGGUUCGGUUAACUCUCAAGAUUCUCUGUGGCAAUUGAAAAUGGGCGGUAAUGGUAGCACAGGUGGUACCCAUAUUUCUCGCGAUGAUCAUUUACAUAUGGCUGAACGCAUGAACCACUAUGGAGGCUAUGAUCCACUGACUCACGGUGGCUAUGGAAAUAUGGAUGAUUACGCACACUAUCCACAACUCACAUCUGCCAGCCCCGAUUAUAGCACUCACAGCCACGUACCUUCAAGACAAGACUAUAUUCAUAGCGGUCAUUUACAACCUGCCGAUAAGACCCGCAGACGGGACCCUCAUCUUGAAUCACCAUACGGUGACGUGAGUGGCUUGCCUGACCCUUACCUCGAGCAGCUUAUUGACAAUGAGGAGCACAUGAAACCUCAACCACAUCUGUCCAUGUCAUAUGACGAAAGUCUCGAGUCUGGGUAUUCUACACCAAAUUCACGGACGCGACGCAUAAUCAGAGAAAUUAUCGUUUAGAUGCCGUGCAUUGCCCUAUGUGUAUAGUGUUUUAUUUUUGACAUUGUUCUUGUAUAUAAACAAAAUGUCAUUGUGUUGUUAAGGUGUCAUCAGAUCUCAAAAUUUUGUUUGUGCUCAACAUCCAUCUUUAGACCAUAUUUUAAACUUUAGUUAUAUUCAGUUUCCACCACACUGCCUUUGUGUUCUAUAAACAUGCAAUCUAUGCAUGUAAACAAUUUUUAUUUGCAAUCUUGACGAGCGUUGAAAUAUUCCAUUUCAUUGAUGAACGCGUGUGGCCUAACCUAAUGACAAAAUACACUUAUUAUUAAAAUCAUCUGUAAAGUGAUCCAUCUUUUUUUUAAAUAUUGUAUUGAUGCUAGUUGUUUUGAUAACAUUGGAAAUGUAAAAUAUGUCUACUACAAUAUUAUUUUUCUAAUAUAAUUUUAUUAUUUGUGUUAUGUUAGGUUGCGCCAUAACUUUGUGUAACUAUCAGAGUUUGUCACUUGUCUCUGUAUAAUCUCACAUUCUCACUUACUGUAUAAAUAUAGCCAAUUAUACAUUAGUGAUAUGUGUGAGGUAGUAGGGAUAGUAGAUAUAUUACUUCUUAUCAUGACUUGUUCAAAUUUCAUUAGUUAAUUUUUUAAAUCUCUGAUUUUGAAACAUAAAUAUGGUGAUAACAUGAUUACGGCAUUAAACCUAUUACAGUAUUAAUUUGAACACACAUCGAUAAAAAGACACAUGUUCCUCAUUUUUUUUCUUCAUUAUAAAAGAUCAAUUUUCUAUAUUUAUUUUUUUUAUGUUUUGUAUUUUGGUUGUUAACUGACCCAAGACUGUCCGGUAUUUUACUUAAUUUCUUGACCUCUCGUGUACACUCAUGAAGAGUUAUAGCAAUCCUGUCACGUAUCGUAUGCUCUAUAGUUUUAUGGUUUUGAGCCUGGUUCCUAUUUUCAACAAGGUUCAAAAUAAUGAAAGAGAAUUAAUGGAGCAUGAGUGUACAUUGAUAGGUCAAGAAGACGUUGAACAUAAUUAUUAUCAGAACAAAUUAGGUAUGUGCCAUUAUAAAUUAAUGUGCUUAUAAACACCAUGUAAAUAUUUUUUUUUUUGUUCAUACUGUCAUUGUAUUUACUUAAGUAUAUUUAUUUUAAUAGAACAGUUAAGUAAUUUUAAUGAUAUAAUAUAUAAUACAUUUAUAUUAAAGUUAUAAUUUGACUGCUGCAAGUAUGAGUGUUUCUCAAAUUUGUUUUUUUUUUGUAAAUUUUGUUUUUAUUUUGUAUUUAUAUUUUAAUUUUUUUUUUUUU